AUGUCGACACGACGCUAUCGAUCGGCUGCCGCUUGUCAAAAUUGCCGUCAGCGCAAAGUCCGCUGUAGCGUGACAGUGACCGGUAUCCCAUGUAUAGGUUGUACGCAAGAUGGCAGAGAAUGUACCGUUCCGCCAACAAAAACCCAAACCAUACGUGAGAGACAUAUACGUCGAACUGCCUCUGUUAUUAGCAGCCCGCCUAAGGCAGAUUCCAAUGGAUUGACACCACAGUCUUCAUUUCCACUUGGUGCAUUUCCAAUUGCACACCCUUCGAAUAAUAUAGAUCGUCCUGAGCUAGCUGGUAUGAGGAGUGCCUCUAAUCCUCCGGAUUAUUCUCGGCGUCAGGAUGAAGAGCAGACUGGCGUUGAAAUCGCGACCACAGUCCUCGGGAAGAACAGCAAAACUGGCCAAGCGCCAUUCUACACCGGUGAUUCGCCUGGGUUUGGCGCCGUCUUUGAUUUAUGCUCGCCUUCACACCAGCCUGCACAAAGGCAUAUCCUCCUCACUUCCAAAACAUCUGUUUCGCUAUCUCCGGAGGACAAAGCAUACUUGCAGUACAAGGGCGUCUUCAACUUGCCCCGAAAAGAGAUCUGCGAUGAACUUCUGCGGGCAUACUUUCAUCAUGUGCAUCCCAUUAUGCCGGUUAUUGACGCUACAACGCUUCCACACCUCUAUCCCAGUGGAGAUGUUCAACCAUACAAUCUGAUAUUACUAUGGAGCAUUUUCUAUGCUGCAGCGAAUCAUCUUCCGGCCGAUACUUGGAAAUCAGAGGGCUUUUCGUCAAGGAAAGAGAUGAAGGAAUCCAUGUACUCUCGUGCAAAGUGCCUGCACCAUAAUGGGGGUGAGACAGACAACACAGUUCUCCUUCAAUCAGCACUUCUGCUGGGAUUUUACCAUUCUGAAGCUGAUACCUACACCCAACCGUGGUUUUGGCUUGGUAUUGCCAUUAGCCUUUGUCAAACAAUGGGUUUACAUCGGUUAUCCGCUGCAGCCUGCGCCAAUUCACCUAUCACUGAGCCACAACAGCGUCUUUGGCGCCGCCUUUGGUGGACCUGCUUCUUUCGAGAUCGUUGGCUAAGUCUCACAAUGGGUCGUCCAUUGAGAAUCAACAUGAAUGACUGUAACACCGUACCACCAUCUGCAGAUGAUAUGUUGAGUGAAUUUGCCGGAUUACCUGAAUCCAUAUCAGCAGCAUACGUCCCGAAGGACCUGCCACAGCUAGCAGACUAUUGGGUGACAAUUAUUCAACUCACUCAGCUUCUUGGGGACACUCUCACCUUGUGCUACCAACCCUUUGGAACCAGUUCGUCUAUCCAGCAGGUUGAAGCUCUUGAGCAAAAGAUUUUGCGCUUUCCACUUCCGGAAAAUCAGGAGAUGGGCCGAAGUCCACUUGCGACCUUUUAUUUGUAUCACUUACAGCUUCAUCACCAAGCAUUCAUAAUCACCUUUUACCGUCCUUUCAUCACAAAGGAUCCGGAAGGGCUGCCCGCAUCUCGCCAGGAGACAUGGCAAACUCACAUUCGUAAUCAGAUCAAUAUAGCUGCUCUACAGACCAAUUCCAUCCUUGAUAAUUUGGCAAACGAGAAGCUGUUGACAUUCUCGGGUCCUAUGACGCCACCGCUAUUAGUCCCAGCAAUGCACGUCCACCUCCUCAACUGCAAAUCUCCCGAUCCCGUUUCCCGACGUCUGGGUCUCAACAAGAUUGAGGUGUGCAUGAUAGUCUUGGAACAGAUGCAACACACCCACCCCUGCUCUUCAGUCUUCCGAGGUAUCUUUCUCGAAGCCAUUCGUUAUAUUUUCCCAGACUAUGUGGCUCAAAAGGUUCUCCCUGAGUUUGCAUCGGAGUCUUCUCCAUUGCAGGAAGUUCCGGCGGAUGAUCCUAUGGCGGGAAUAACAAUCGGCGAAGAUGCCAUCGAUGCGCUGAUGGAUGAGGUGUCAAUUUUCAAUUUUUGGGAGUCCCUUAACAACAUGCAAACUUAUUAG